CGUCAACCAAUUAAAAUACAUGUCGUCACACACCCGGAAGUCAUGUUCAUUCAUUCUACCGGUUCUUCAAGUUGCAUCGCAUCUCAUGGUAGCACUUUCUUCAGGACGCACAAGAGAUGUUGCUGCUGGUGCUAGGUGCCCUCCUCCUGCUCUUCUGUAGCCUGGAUGUAUGGUACUUCCUACGUGGGGCCCAGGUGUUCGUCCAAGCUUGGUUCCAGCCCAGAAUAUGGGACAUUCUGGCUGAGCAGAGCAUUGAUGGCAUGGUUCUUCCCCACGAUUUGGACUACAUGGGCCACAUGAACAACUCUCGCUAUCUGAGGGAGUGUGACUUUGCCCGCUUCCACCAUUACAUGAGAAACGGGCUGUUCAUGGCCUCACGCAAACUGGGAGCCAAAAUGGUGGUAGGGGCCUCCACCAUCCGGUACCGGCGCUCCCUGGCCUUCCGUGAGGCUUUUGAGAUUCGGACCAAAGUACUAGGCUGGGAUGAGAAGGCUUUUUACCUGGAGCAGCGCUUUGUGUCCAAGAAAGACGACUUUGUGUCUGCGAUCCUGCUCUGUAAGCAGAAUGUGGUGCGCUGCAGCCCGGAGAUGAUCAUCGAGUUUGUCUGCAAAAAGAAGAUCGAGUGCCCGGAGUUUCCGGAGGACCUCAAACACUGGAUCAGCUUUAUUUCAGCCAGCAGCCAGGCCCUGAGAGCAGAGAGCGGCCUGGAGGACAAGAACAAGUGAAGCCGCACCAUGACACCACGUAUCAUGAGUGUAGACACAUAUCAUAGCAUCGCACGCACACACACACACACACACACACACACACACACACAUACAACGUACACAUACGUGCAAACAAACAGUUAAACAUCGUAGAGAGUUUUAGUUGACUUCCAAGAUUCCACUCAUAGCUGUUUUGGUUCAGUCCUACCUGCUGUGUAUUUUUGUAUGAUGUGAAAUACUUAGGACAGCCGAAAACUUGAACUGAAAUUUAUCUGACUAUUUAAAAAGCACUGUACGCAUUGGGAUCAUAUUGAAAGUUGUUCACUGGAAGUAAAAGUCAAACAGGACCGUAGCUUUCUCCUUGCAGCUUUAUUCAGUAGUGGACUGUGAUUAGACUGGCUUUAGGCGUCUUCAUUCUCUGACUUUAGAUUAGCAUGUAGAGCAAAACUUAAUCUUCCACUGACAUCGAUGCAUGUUUUGAAACUACCAGAAUAUUUUUGUGCCUGUUUCUUGUAGUUUACAGUUACUGACAGUUAAAACUUUUCACAAGAUACAUCCAUAUGUGUGAUAAAAUACUUGAACGGACAUCUUGGACAUGUACCGACAGUUGUUUUCCUAUUCCAUCAGUAUUUUGCACAUGUUAACCCAAAUGAGUACAUAAACCGAUGUCCUGUUAAUAGGGAAUAUUUUAUUUAUUCUUUUAUCAGAUUUAAAAUAGCAGAGGGCUGCUUGAUUUGGAAAAGGCGCAUGUAAUUUUCAAGAGAAAGUGCUUGAAUUGUUAUUGAAAGGCAAACACGAACCUAAGGUUGCUGGCAACUUUUCUGAGCUUGCAACGCACAAUGAGCAAUGAAUGUUUGAGUGUUGUCUGUUUUCAUUGAGCUGGAAACCUGCAACCUCCUCGUUCAUGCAGCAUCUGCGCUUUCGUUUGUGACCAAAGUAAUGUAUUGUUCCGUAUGGAGGAAAUUAGAUUUUUUUUUUUUAACAUGUAAGUCUAAUCUGUCUUAUUUAUGUUGUGAAUACACUGACCACCAAAUUUAAUUUACUGAAGUUUGAAAAUAUGCAUCGUCUGUUCAUGGUCCAUGUAUUAUUUAUACAUUUAUGGGAAUGGAUUCAUGUAUCAAACUUUAUUUAUUGUGUUAAAUUAUUUACAUGCAUUUUGAAUUAAAAAUGCACUGGAAACUG